UAGUGCCCGUAGAGAUGACCGUGGUUUUUGUGAUCGAUACUAGCGCGUCGAUGAACCAGCGCUGCUCGAAUGGCCUGUCGCUGCUGGAUUGCGCCAAGAGUGCCGUGGAGCAUUUCGUCAAGUUGCGCCUGCGAGACAUCACUUGGCACAAAUCGGACAGAUAUCUCCUUGUGACUUGCGAAGAGGGAGUAAAUGCGAUCAAGGUGGUCGACAAAUAUCCAUUUGUUAACUUCACGCGAGCACUGAAGAGCAUUGAAGCUCACGAUCUCACGGAAAUUGGUACGUCGUUACAGCUAGUUCUUGACUAUCUUCACCUUCAUCGGCUUGUAAACGAUACUGAAAAGUAUGGUCAGGGGCGAAAUCCUAUACAUAUAGAACCGACGACGAUUAUUCUGUUGACGGAUGGAACAGAACUCACUUCUAAAGCAGGUGUUCUCAAGACCAUUGUACCAAAUGGUCCGGCUCCUGCAGGCGGCGAGCUAGCUGCAAAGCCUUACCGCUGGGAUCAAAGAGUCUUUGCGAUUGUUCUCAGGAUGCCAUCGGUCAGUCAGCAAGUAUUAGAACGGAGCGGACCUCUUCCGCAGAAUGCUCCUAUCUCGGGUUCUAAAACGGCUCUGGCAAUGGACAAUGACAUCUCUGCGUUUUGCGAGUCGACUGGGGGAAAAUGUUAUGUGGCAACAAGUUUAAAAAUCUUAAUGCAGCACAUUGAAGUCACAUCUCGGCUCUCAACUUGCGUGGUGGUGUCUUUCGAAAAUAUGCCAAUUCCCGGAACCACUGCUCCGCCGCCUCAGGUUCAUGCUGCCUGCCAACGAAAGCUCUUGCUUAUCAGGGCCAAUCAGCCUCACCAGGGGCAUUGGCCAAUACCGGAGACCUUUUGGCCUGACUCGUCACAGCAAUCUCUUCCUCCUCGAGAGCCUCAUCCUGUUAUUGUCUACAAAGCUAUCGACUCGGAUCCAUCGAUUCCCGCGCAGUUUAUCUACGAUAAGUACGACAUCGAGUCCAACCCGAUUGUGAACUUUUUGACGAAAGCAGCGGCUAAUGCAUGCUGGCAAGUCUUCAUACGUAAUAGUAAGGGGCCAAACUUUGGCUAUGGAGAUCCAUUUGGGUAUCUCAAGCUUAUUGGGUCAAAUCUCACUCUUUUCGUGCUACCAUACAAUUAUCCAGUACUGUUUCAUCUAUUGGAGCACGCUAGCAAAAAUCCAAAGGCUACAAACACAAUACAGUGGCGACAAGAAAUGGAGCGAUAUUGCAACAGUAUUCCGGCGUACUAUGGCCCGCCCUUGAGAGCUGCACUUCGGCAGUGGGGAUUGAACCUGCAUGUUGUGCCGGAUGCUCUCGAGAAAACAAUUUUUGCUGGUUUUGUUGGAAACCAGCUCAAACGGUUGAAAGCUCAGGCAAAGACGGAGCUGGAGAGUAUGACGGAGAAGCUGAUAAACUCAAGUUCUUAUGCCCCCAAGCCACAUGAAAGAGUCUUUCCGUCUUCAAAAUCCGGUUCCAUCGAUGCUCCUGGAACGCACACGUUCACUACUACUGCAUUUUCUGUCCGCUUUUCUUCGUCGUCGACAACCAGCGUCGACUCAGUUCUCAGCCAGAGGACGUUCGAGGUCUGCAUUCCGUCCGGACCUUCAAAACCAAAUCAAAAUGCGAGGUUUACAACUCAAGCGUCUACUGCCGAAGUUCCAAAAGCUGGCAAUGAAAUUGCCAACCACUUGGGAAUUGGUUCGUGGAAGGAUGCUGCGGUGUUUAAAAAUGCGUUUGAUGUGCCUCGUAACGAGCUCUUCAGCCAGCUCAAGUAUUUGCCAAUGCGUGUAGCGCUUGCCAUGGACGCUCGAAGUAAAAACGAGAAAGCCCCUGGCAAUACUGGAAGCCACUCAGCCUUGGGCAAUUUGGCAGCUCGUAUGGUGGCCAUGGAAGAAGAAGAAGCACGUCACUCGCUACCUAUCGAAAAGAUGGGUGACUUUAGUGACGCUCUGUGGAAGCAACAGCCUCCGCGAAAUCCUUUUGCUGACGAACAAGAGCGAACCAAGCAACAACGAUCGCUCUUUGGAAACCCGUAUCGUCAGGAGAAACACGACGCCGCAGACGAAGCAUGGUUUGAAGGAAGCGGCGGAGCUCAGCUACGAGGACGAAAGCGGCGUCGGCGCCCCGAGUCACCGGGCCUCUCGGGAUCAGCUUCCACUUCGUCUGCCUCGUCGGGAGAAUGCAGCAGUGAUGCAAGCGGUGGCGAGGUGAACUCGCCCGCCAAGAGUCCAAAGGAACUGUCCGACGUUCGAAAUGACCCUGACGAGGCAGGCUCGUCGUCACCGGAAGCUGCAAUCCUUUCUGUACCUCACAGGAAUCCCGAAGGUGGCAACCACGAAGAGUCGGCUGCACAGUCCGAGAAACGCAGAAAGCUCUUGGGAGACGCGAGCGACUUUGUUUUGGCAGCUCUGCGGACUUUAAGACAUGCAAAGACGAACAAUACGCACAAGUUGUUCGAGCUACUGUCAACGCCAGACAUCCCGGUCGACAAGGCCAGUUUUCUGGAGCAACUCAUUCAUCAGGCACGCUGCUACAAGAAGGGCGGCGUGGCAGCUGAACUGACGGACUACCGUACGAAGCUUCUUUCCAGCCAAGCACAAGCACCGGCAAGCGCAUGAAUCGAAGCCAACUUCGAUUCAACAGCGAGAAGCUUCUCCGACUCGCGGCUUGUCGGUGACUUCCGCUGGAGUGACACAAAAAGCAGGAAGACUUGCAACGCUGCGAAAUUGGUGAAGCAUUCCCAUCCUGGAGGGACCAUGGAGGCUUGUAGAUGAGGGAACCGUGUCAACUUCUAGGGGACGCACAGCUCUUAAGGAAUUCCAGGAAGCUCGCGCUACGGUGCAAUGUAACCUGUCGGGCCGGAGUGGAUUUUCGAGGAUUUGGAGGAUGAAAGCGCUCGUUUCCUUCGAUCCGACGCAAAGCAAUCGCAUUGGCCCGUCAAGAUCAACGUUGACAUCCACAGACCCAACGACAAAGAUUCUCAGGAAUCUUCCUCCCCACCAACUUUUUACGUCGCUUUGUUUAGUAUGGUGUUGAUUUUACCGCCAAUCUUUUGCUUUUGAUUGCGGCCAGGCCAUGGUAAGCUGGCGGUCCAGAAACUCAUGCAUUUUCCUUUCCAGACUUCACGACAAGGUUAAAAAAAGAGCGUAACUCUGGAAAAGUAAAAGAGGUAACUCUGGAAGAUUCCGUGGGUGGCUGUGCACCUGGAACGGUAGAUUCCUUUGAGCCUUGUGCGCUCGUGUUGCUUUCUGUGGCGCUCUACUUGGUGUCCUCCCAUUGACGCCUUUGCGGCGGCAGCCCUAAUCCGAACCCGAAGUAUUGUUACACAGCCCUGUCGACACGCGCAGCAAGAAAAGGUUGGCGGAGGAGGUUAUACAUUCGAAA